GUGGACCUGUCUGAACGGUCUGACUCAGCCUCAGAGAAAGCCUGGAGGCAUCAGCGCAGGAUGGAGCUCCCCUCCCUCUGCCUCUUCAUGACAGCCACACUGAGUGCCCGUCCUGACAGGUCUCAGUUCUUCCGGUAUGAGACGCUGUCUCUGAGCUGUGCUGUGCCAGGAAACUUCAGCGGCUGGACGCUGAGGAGAAACACCUCCUCCGGGUCGCUUCAUUCGUGUGAGGUCAACUGGGGUCGCCGAAACGGCUCCUCCUGCAUCAAUCGCAGCGUCUAUUCAACGGAUUCUGGACUCUACUGGUGCGAGUCCGAGCACGGGGAGUGCAGCAACGUCCUCAGCAUCACAGUGAACAGUGGUGUCGUGAUCCUGGAGAGUCCGGCACUUCCUGUGACGGAGGGAGAUAAAGUGACGCUUCGCUGUUCCUACAAGGAAAGAUAUGGGGAGAAGUCGACGUCAGAUUUCAAUGCUACUUUCUAUAAAAAUGGUGUUUUCAUUGGGAUUCAGCCUGAAGGACAGUUGGUCCUUCCAGCGGUGUCCAUGUCUGACGAAGGCUUCUACAAGUGUCAACACCCGUUAAAAGGAGAGUCACCGCAGAGUCUGCUGUCUGUCAGAGACAGAGCUCAGCCUAAAGACGUCCCGACCACUCCUCCGGUCAUGUCUCCGGACAGGCUGCUGUGCAUCGUCCUGCUGUUUGUCCUCUACACUGCUGCAACCAUACUGUGCUUUUACAUGUACCGAAGGCGGGCUCGAGCUCGAGCGGACGCUAAAAGGAGAACUUCAGAUCAUGUCGAAGAGGAAUGAUGAGUCCUGUUUUCUGAAUAGUGAACUCUGACCCACUGAAGGAGCAACAACAGCUCAGGAACAUUGUCAGUCUUCUGCUUUUUGAUUCUGUUCUCGUGUUUUCUUUUUUGUUCUUCCUUAAAUUGUAUUAGAGCUUUUUAAAAUUAUUUAAAACCA